AUGCUUCAAACCGCGCUGGGAACUGCCGCCGCUGCUGGAAUGGGAAGUACGCUUUCCGCCGCAGAUCCUUCGCCGAGCCGCUGGAAGCUGAUUACCUUUACGAAGUUUUUGCAGCCGCUUAGCUACGAAGAAAUGGCCGAUCGCGUCGCGGAAAUCGGCUACGACGGCAUCGAGGCUCCCAUUCGCAUCAACGGGCAUAUUGAACCGAAGAAUGUGGCGGACGAGUUGCCGAAGUUUGUCGAAGCGUUGAAGAAACGUGGUCUGACCAUCGACAUUCUUACCUCAAGUAUCAAUAGCAUCGAUUCACCCAAUGCAGAGGAAACCCUGAAGGUUGCCCAGCAGUUGGGGAUUCCUCGAUACCGCAUGGCCUAUUAUCGCUACGACUUGAAGAAGCCGGUCGUGCCACAGUUGCGAGAAGCGGGAGCUCAGCUAAAAGAUCUCGCCGCAAUGAACGAAGAGAUCGGCAUUCAAGCCGUCUAUCAGAAUCAUUCUGGCAGUCACUACGUCGGUGCCCCCAUUUGGGACAUCAUGCAGUUGGUUCGCCAGUACGAUCCGAAGUAUGUCUCGAUGGCGUUCGAUAUCGGUCAUGCUCGCGUCGAAGGCAAUACUUCGUGGCCCAUUCAAUGGAAUCUGGUGCAAUCGCAUCUCGGUUCGGUCUACAUCAAAGACUUCCGAGGCAAUGGUGGCCGUCCGGCUUGGUGUUCGGUAACCGAAGGCCAACUGCCAGAUCAAUUCUGGAAGUCACUGAAAGCAAGUCCGUUCAGCGGCCCAAUCUCGUUGCAUGUCGAGUACCUGCGCGGCGACGAAGCGAAGGACGUUGCGAACCAUGUGGCCGCAAUGAAGCGUGACUUGGCCUGGUUGAAGGAGCGUCUCGCGUAG